UAAUUAAGAUAUUAUUAGAGGAUGUAUCCAAAGACCAAAAAACUAUACAACAACUUUAUAAUACUGAUUAUAUUUCAGUUUCAAAGGUUACAAUACAAGUUAAUGCUGUUAUUAAGUCUAUCACAACUGAUUUUAUUG